CGAGACUUGGGAAAACAGGAAACCGGUCACCAAAAAGGUCCUUUGCCAACAGUUUCCAGGUGUGCAACUUAUUGUAUAUCGCCUCAACAACUGCUAUCUUCAUAGAUUUACGUAUUGUUUUUUCUUUCUUUCAAUUCCUGAGCCUUUACAAUCCUAUAUAUAACCUAUAAUUGUACACCAUAUUUUCGAACAAGUAUGCUUUUGACAUCGUCGCAGGUCUCGGUCGUACUCUCGUCAGGAAUCGUUAUCUUGUGCACGGCGGCAUUGUUUCUCAGCGGCUAUGUAAUCCAACAACGAACACUGCGCGACCUACGAGCAGCCAUCAAGCCCACCCGGAUACCCAGGCCGAGCCCCAAGGUCUACCACCCCGACCACCUCAGCUCACCCAGCCACCUAGAAGAUACGAUAAGCGAUUCGCGGCUGCCACACCGCCGUAGACAAUAUAGCGCAGAAGAAGGAGGAGGAGGAGGAGGAGGAGGAGAAGAUGUCGUUAUCGUGAGACCCACCGUGUCUGAUGGAAAACUAGAGCAGAAACAGCCGGCUAUGCCGGAGAGGGACGAUGCUACUGCUGGGGCACAGGUGGGGACACCGAACGAUGUGGAAGAACCUUCAGAAGAGAAUAAGAAGAAGAAGAAGUCUGAGGAGAAACCGAUUAGUAGAGCGGAAAGGAGGCGCAAGAUCAAAGAGGAGAUACGGCAGUUGUCGGAGGGCCAGGAACGAGUAUAUUAUCAACGACGACUAUGGUGACUCGUUACCUCUUACGAUUUUAUUUUAUGCUGUUCUCUUGA